AUGACGAAAAAAACCUCAUCCAUCGGCCAUUUUUCGGCCAGUACAUCCGGCACGGUGGGAGGCACGGGUGGCAUGAAUAACUUUGGCACCGGGACCGGUGGGCCGGACAGUUCCGACAAGCAGCAAAUAUCGUGCAGCGGUUCAACCCAGCAGCAGCAACAACGACAACAUGAGGGUGGUAAAAGUUCAUCCCAGGAUCAACAGCGUCAGCAUUCGGCGCCGCACGCUCAUCAGCAUCACCAUCAUCAGCAUCAUCUGCAGCAGUCCGGUGGCAAGAUGCGCGACAAACACACCGUGCACUGGUUCCGCAAGGGCUUACGGUUGCACGAUAAUCCUGCCCUGCGCGAAGGACUCCGCGGUGCCAAAACGUUUCGGUGUGUUUUCAUCAUCGAUCCCUGGUUCGCGGGUAGCUCAAACGUGGGCAUAAACAAAUGGAGAUUUCUACUCCAAUGUUUGGACGAUCUGGAUCGGAACCUGCGCAAACUAAAUUCGCGGCUAUUCGUAAUACGUGGACAACCGGCGGACGCAUUACCAAAGCUGUUCAAAGAAUGGGGAACCACCUGUCUGACGUUCGAAGAAGACCCCGAACCGUUUGGCCGGGUGCGAGACCACAACAUUUCGGAGAUGUGCAAGGAACUCGGAAUCGAGGUCAUCUCAGCUGCAUCUCACACGUUGUACAAUUUGGAAAGAAUCAUCGAAAAAAAUGGAGGCCGGGCGCCGCUAACGUACCAUCAGUUUCAAGCCAUUAUCGCCUCAAUGGAUGCACCGCCCCAGCCGGAAGCCUCCAUCACGCUCGAUGUGAUUGGGAAGUCUACCACGCCGCAGUACGACGACCACGACGACAAGUACGGUGUGCCAACGCUGGAGGAGCUGGGCUUCGAGACGGAAGCCCUUCGGCCCCCGGUUUGGAUAGGCGGCGAAACAGAAGCACUUGCCCGGCUCGAGCGACACCUCGAACGGAAAGCGUGGGUCGCUUCGUUUGGCCGGCCCAAGAUGACACCCCAGUCGCUGCUCGCUAGUCAAACGGGUCUUUCACCCUACCUGCGUUUCGGAUGUCUCAGCACGCGACUCUUCUACUACCAGCUGACCGAUCUGUACAAAAAGAUCAAAAAAGCGUGCCCGCCAUUGUCGCUGCACGGGCAGCUGCUGUGGCGUGAGUUUUUCUACUGUGCCGCUACCAAAAAUCCUACGUUCGACAAGAUGGCCGGUAACCCAAUCUGCGUGCAGAUACCGUGGGACCGUAACGCGGAAGCGCUCGCCAAGUGGGCUAGCGGACAGACCGGUUUCCCGUGGAUCGAUGCGAUCAUGACGCAGUUGCGGGAGGAAGGUUGGAUCCACCAUCUGGCGCGCCAUGCCGUGGCAUGCUUUCUGACACGUGGCGAUCUGUGGAUAUCCUGGGAGGAGGGCAUGAAGGUGUUCGAGGAACUGCUGCUAGACGCAGAUUGGUCGGUCAAUGCCGGCAUGUGGAUGUGGCUGUCGUGUUCGUCGUUUUUUCAACAGUUCUUCCACUGCUACUGCCCGGUCAAGUUUGGCCGCAAGGCCGACCCGAACGGUGACUACAUACGACGGUAUCUGCCGGUGUUAAAGAACUUUCCAACCCGCUUCAUCCACGAGCCCUGGAAUGCGUCCGAGAGUGUGCAGCGUGCGGCAAAGUGUCUCAUCGGCAAGGAUUAUCCGCUACCGAUGGUAAACCAUGCGAUCGCGUCACGCGCCAACAUGGAGCGCAUUAAGCAGGUGUACCAACAUCUGGCCAAGUAUCGCACACCGGGUGGCGGUUGCUACGAGGCGGACUGUAACGAAAAGGGCGGCUCGGCAAUUGCGGGCGUCAUGACGGCAGCAAAGGUGCAGCACAUGAAUACGAGCAGCAUGAACGACAGCCCCAGCCCGACGACGAUACUGACGAGUGUGAACAGCUCGGGAAAUUACAUGUGCCGCAGCAAUCCAUCCGCACAAAGCGAUCCGAACGGGAAGAUCCUCACGUACCAUCAGCUGCUCAGUGGGCCGGAUGCAAGAUCAGCACUCGGCGGCACUGGAAGUGGCGAUCGAACCAAUGCAGGUGCGACGGAAGGUUCCAAGCACGGGGACGGAACUGCCGGUAAAAACCACCUGAUGGCAGGGAAAGAGUCUGUCACGCAGCAACCACAAACCCAGCAUCAGCACCCGCACCAAGUACCGAGCCUGGAUCAGCAAUCGCAGGAAAAUAGCAACAGCGUGGCAAACAGCGAGCAACGGUUCGGUUCGAUGGCGGUGGCUGAUUACGCGGCGAUCAAACCGGACAGCCUCAGCACACUCAUACGGGCCGGCAAUCUGAGCACCGCCGGUUCGCGCUUCUCCAACCUGCAGGAUCAGCUUAGCAACAGUCUGAUGUCGCUCGAGUGUGACGUGAUGGCAAACAAACUGAAGCCAAACAACUACGAGUACGAGCGAAAUCAGAACAUUUACAACAGCCAGUUCAAGGUGGAGUACAGCGAUAACUUCAACUCGGGCUACGGUUUGCGGAAUGCCGUAUUUUACGGUGGUAAGCGCGAGGACGAAAACGAAGACACCAAAGCGGACAGUAUCAACAACAACGAUCAGCUUGCGGGCGAUGAUCGCCCGGAGGGACAAGGGAUGCGUAACGAUAUCGACGAUGAUGAUGAAUCCGCGAUGACCACACUGGAGGACACCGGACCCCAACCGGCACCGCAUCCACUGCUCUUCGGUACGAGCAAAUCGAAAAUCAAACAGGAAUCACUGGUGCAAUCCACCCGCAUGUUUCUCGAACCACCGAAACAUCACCCCAGUCGGGGAACCAAAGUGCACCGUGCACGGUGCGAAGCAACCGACCACCAAUCCAACGCACUGCACUCGCAGCUAGAUGCGCAGAUUAAAAAGGAGCAACAGAACACCUCGCAACCGUUGCCGCCACAUUCCAUGCACACCGAUUGUGAUUAUGAACCGGCAAGCCAUAAGCUGUUGGCGGAUAUCCACCGUCAGCAGCAACAGCAGCAGCAACAACAGCACCAGCAACAACACGAGCAACAGCAGCAGCAAGCUUCCAUGCUGGCGGCUCAACGGCUGGAAGCGUCACAAAUGGAUCAAGGCACCGAUCAACCGAUGCAAGAAUCACCGUGCAGCGAUGAGAAACUUGGCACGGCGGAUUAG